AAUAUUCUUUUCGGAUAUAUUUAUACCAACAACUUCACACUUUCAACACAAAGGAUCUAUCUACUGAUUUAUACCAACAACUUCACACUUUCAACAACACAAAGGAUAUAUAUGGACACACAUAAUCAAGAACCUGCCGGAACUGGUGAACGAGGACGUAGAGAAAACAAGUAUAGAGGCAUUCGAAGGCGGCCGUGGGGGCGGUACGCGGCAGAAAUACGUGAUCCGACGAGAAACGGUGCGCGUUCGUGGCUAGGGACGUUUGAUACUGCGGAGGAGGCUGCUAGGGCUUACGACAGAGCAGCGUAUGCGUUACGUGGGCAUCAAGCUAUUCUUAAUUUCCCUAAUGAUGGUCAUUACCGGAAUGUUGACUCAUUUUCGGCGGAGAUGCUGUUGACCUCCCCCUCCACCUCUUCUUCAUUACCAACAUUUGUAGGGAACCCUGCCUCAUCAAUGUCGUUCUCGUCGUCGUCGUCGCGUUCUUUGAUGGCGUCUUCGAGUGCGAACCAUGGGAGGUUGGAAACCGGAAGGGAUCCGGUGAUCGAAUUCGAGUAUUUGGAUGAUAAGCUUUUGGAAGAUCUUCUUGGCAAAGAUUCACAUGCGAACACUAGGGAUUAACAUGAUAUAUCUUCAAUGGUUUCUAUAUAUUUUCAAAAAAAAAAAAAAAAAAAAAAAAAAAAAAAAACAUCAAAAUGUCAAAAGUGAGAUUAUUUUCUUUACGGGAUUUGUUUGGAAAUGUUAAACUAGACAUUUGAAAAUAUGCAUUUAAAGUGAUGUUCAUGUUUGAAAUGCAUGUCUUGAGUUUUAUUUGGAUGCUGGUUUUUUCAAAAUUUUGAGAUUUAUAUGAGUGUAUUUGACCGUGAUAUAUAUGUUGAAAUGUUGAAUAUAUGGAAUUUGGAUA